AUGGCAACAAACCGACCCACGACGCGACGGAGGAGCGCAAGACAAGCCUUCGACGACGAUGAUGCGCCGGCGCCGACGACCAAACGAGCAAAGGCGGACGUGAAUGGGACGAGCAAAAAGGCGACUGCUGCGCCAAAGAAGACAGCAAAAGCAGCUGCAUACGACGAGGACGAUGAUGGCUUCCAAUUUUCGCGUCGCACUUCGUCGCGAAGGACUACCAAGGCACAGGCCGUGUUGGCACCAGAACCAAUACCUGAGGACGAACCAGCAACAUUCGCGCGCGCUGCCGAAGCGCAACCGGCCAAAUCUACUGCGCGGCGGAAGAAACAGUCAAUCGCGGCAGCCGAUCCGGAAUCCUCAGACUCGGGAAAGCGUCGGCGUUCAGCGCGCAUAUCUGGUGACAGUAGACAGCUGGAAGUGCGACCGAAGUCUACAGAACCUCCACCGGCGAAAUCACGAACGAAGAAGACCGCGCCUGUAGAGAAGGAAAGGAGGAAGCAAACCACACCAGCUCCAGAGGCACAGCCAGAGCCGAAGAGCGCGUAUGCAGGCGUGCAAACGCCGACACACAACAAGAUACAGGUCGUGAAGAAGCGCGAUCCCAACGCUCAAAAGAUUAUGCUGCCCUUUGCGGAUACCCCAGUUAUUACGAGGAACAAAGAGAUGCGGAAAGGCACUAAGGAUGGGUCGAGAAGGAGUAGCACAGGCUUGCGAGGGAGAAGGGCAAGCUCGCUGAUUGACAGCGGCCAGUCGAAUGCGCUACCGCACUCAGAAGUCGAAGUCCGAGAUUUCUACAAAUAUAUCGAGCAAAGCCUACCCGAGCCACGACGGAUGAAGCAGCUCUUGACAUGGUGCGGAUCGCGAGCUUUACCAGCAAAACCAUCAGGCGACGUGAAGAACGCGAAUGCGAUCAUGGCUGCGCGAGCGAUUCAACAAGAACUGAUAGAUGAUUUCGCAAGUAAACCCGAGCUUUCGGACUGGUUCAGCAGGGAGGAAGUAGCCCCACCACCUGUGGUAAAGAAGCCGAAUCCUCAGAACGAGAAGAACAAAGCUACACUGGAGGAAUUGGAGGAGGAAGUCAAGCGCCUCGAAGAAGAGAAAGCUGCAUGGGAAGCCAUCGCAUCAGCUUCGAAGACCAAGCCCCCGCCACCCGCGCCCUCAAUACCGACAUCAGCACCUACACUAUCCGAAAUCGACACCUCCCUCCUCGAUCCCGCCCAAGCCGCCAUACUCUCCUCCCUCCAGUCAUCACAAAUACAACCACCAACGUCAGCAUUCACAUUCACUUCGCCUACAGCAUUACAGUCACAUCUCACGUCUCUCGCCGAUUCGCUAGAACCGCAUGUCGACCUUUUCGCAGACGGUGUUCAUAAGAUCGAACAGUAUCGCGCAACGGCGGAACGGGUAGCGGAUCGUGUGCUGGGUACUGCGGCAAAGAGGUUGGAAGAGCGAGAUCGGGAAGCAAAGGAAAGAGUGGGCACAGAAGGAAUUGGCGUAGGCGAUAUAUUGAGAGGCCUUGCUGGUGUACUUGGCGAGCAAUAA